GUUGAUGGUGGGAGAAACGCUCUGGCUGACCGCCCCUCAAGUGCUCACGUGCUUCUGCACUAUAAGUUGGGCGCCGCAUGCGACUCCCCUUUCCUCGACCGACACCAGUAGUUCACCUGGUGGCGUCCCGUCGACUCCAAGGGCCGGUCGAUGCACCUGUAGCUGCGCGAUCUUUCGCUGCACUCAGGCACCAUGGGCCCCCUGCCUCAAGUUCCCCCUGCGUUCCGCUUUCUUUAGCGAGGGCCAGUCCUCACUGGCCUCCAGUCCCGGCGCGGUGCCACCUCCAGUCAUUUCGACAGCGCCCGGACCCGCAGUAUCCGCCUUUCCCCCCAUCCCCACCAAGCCAUGUAUCUGAAUCCGCUCGCCGGCGCCAUACGUAAUUGCCACCCUACGUACCGCCCGCGGCACCCACAAAACGAGUACCCAGACCAAAGCCGCGGCAGUGAACCUGCGCCGAUCGCGGAAGACCGGGCUUCCGCGCUCGCAACGGACGCAGCGUAAUCGCAGCGUCGACCCUGACGACAAGAAGGAGGACAAUAAGCGCGCGAGCACGUUGUUCCUCUCCCACGCGCCGUUUUCCCGGCAUAUGCGGUGUCGAACGACGCCGCAUUCAUGCGUUAUACCUUCACGACCCACCUACCAGAUACCACCCGAACCGCGGUCACGGGAAUUCUGGCGCUAUCUACUCGCAGAGCUAUCGGUGCCCCAUCCGGCCAGCCGCGAACCAUACCGAUCGAGACUCAAAAUGGAGUCCUCCCAUAUGCCCCCUCCUCUUCUCUUCAAGUUUCUGUCUAUAUCAUAUCCUAUAGUCUCGUGGUCUAACGCUCAAGGACGAUCGACCCCUUUCAGUAGAUAGUCUUUUGGUAGAUAGCAACUUCUCUCCACAACCAUCGACGUUGUCAUACCUUCGACCCUCUGGUCACUUAUGCUUUACAUUUUCCCUUCUUGAGGCGCCUCGGGUUUCCUUCCGAGCGCGGCCUGUUUCUCUUGGCUCAAGCACUCGCAUCUCGUCUCUGUUUCCUCCCGUCUCGUCUCUUCUCCCUUAUGUCUUGUUUCCGUCUCCGUCUCCUCUAGUUUCCUUUUCUCUUUUUCUCUUACCUAUGCAAUCCCAAGCCGAGGGCUCGCCCUCACCCCCCUAGCGCGAUGCGAGACCUCGCAGUGCAGGGUUAAAUCAAUUACCCCAGGCCAUCCCUAGUGUAGCGUCAGGUCAAUGGAACGCUGCACGACUCCCA